AUGGCCCUCCGCCUCUCCCUCGCUGCCGCCAGGCGUCCCGUCGUCGCUGCCCCGCGCGUCGCUGCCGCCUCCACUGGUGCCGUGCGCGGUCACGCCGUCGCCGUCGACCCCACCCCGGCUUCUUCGUCGUCGUCCUCGCUGGCUUCCGACGCCCAGAGCGGUGUGAGGCACAACUGGAAGCGUGCCGAGGUGCAGGCCAUCUACGACGGACCUCUUAUGGAGACCAUCUUCCGCGCCGCCAGCGUCCACCGCCUGCACCACGACGCCAGCCGUAUCCAGCUGUGCACCCUCAUGAACAUCAAGACCGGAGGAUGCACCGAGGACUGCAAGUACUGCUCGCAGUCGUCGUCGUACAAGACCGAGACCAAGGCGUCGCGUUUGGUCGCCAUUGAGCCCGUCCUCGAGGCGGCUCGCAAGGCCAAGGCCAAUGGCUCGACCCGUUUCUGCAUGGGUGCCGCCUGGCGUGACCUUGCCGGCAAGAAGAGCGGCUUUGAGAAGAUUCUCAAGAUGGUCAGCGAGGUUCGCGCCAUGGACAUGGAGGUCUGCACCACCCUCGGCAUGCUUUCCCCCGACCAGGCCAAGCGCCUCAAGGAGGCCGGUCUGUCGGCGUACAACCACAACCUCGACACUUCGCGCGAGUUCUACCCCGAGGUGAUCACCACCCGCUCGUACGACGACCGUCUCUCGACCAUCGACGCCGUCCGUAACGCCGGCAUCAGCGUCUGCUCGGGUGGUAUCCUUGGUCUUGGCGAGAAGGCCGAGGACCGCGUGGGCCUCAUCUGGGAGGUGUCCCACAUGCCCGAGCACCCCGAGAGCUUCCCCGUGAACACCCUCGUGCCCAUUGAGGGUACCCCUCUUGAGGGCAACGACCCCGUCCCCGUCCAGACCGUCCUCCGCACCAUCGCCACGGCCCGUAUCGUCCUCCCCAAGUCGAUCAUUCGUCUGGCUGCCGGUCGCCACACCUUCAGCGAGACUGAGCAGGCCAUGGCAUUCAUGGCCGGUGCCAACGCCAUCUUCACUGGCGAGACCAUGCUCACCACCCCCUGCACGGGCUGGGACGCCGACAAGGCCAUGCUCGACCGCUGGGGUCUCCGUGGCAUGCGCUCGUUCGAGGACAAGGAGAGCGUCGAGGUGCCCGGCGAGGCCAAGGCUGAGGCUGCUGUCUCGGCUUAA